AUGUUACGCUCGAAUCAAAAUGGGGCGAUGGAUCAUGUUGAGGGUGGCCUCAAGAUCCUCUAUUCGAAACUCCGGAACGCAAACUUGAAUGCCUCUCCUUCUCAAGCCCCAAAGACAGUCACAGCCGGAGCUGAAUUUGAACGAGAACUUCUUCAGUUCUUCUAUAGGAUGAAUCUGCAGAUCAGUCUAUCAGGCCGUCCACAGCAGAUCCUCGAGAUUCCUGCAGAAGACCCAACUGCCUGGAACUUCUUCAGUAACGACAACUACACCGACGAAGUUAACAGCAGCGAAGAUGAUGAUAACGAAAUAACGACGCCUUUAGUCUUCGAAAACAUCUCCCAAGCUCGCGACUGCAUAACAAGCAUCAAACUACGUGCCCUGACUCUCCUCCACGAAAUCGGAUUCAUAUUCGUCGUACCAGCAGUCCUAAAAUCACCGGAACACAGGACACGAAAACAGCGCAUCAUAAAAGACUUCCACAGAUGGCACUACGCCUUCGAAGGAAUGAUGACCAAGCCGCCUAAGACGACAAAUAUCCUCGACCCUCGCGCUCCUCUCGCCCUCCUUAUCGAAUAUCACGUCUCAUACUUCUGGCUAUGCAAUUGCGACGCGGUUUAUGAAACGGACUACGAUCGACAUAUGGCUGAUUAUUUGAAAAUAGUCGAGUGUGCGGAAGAAAUUAUUGCGCUGAGUAGAACUAUCGAUAAUACACCCGCCAGAAGCCCUAGUCCUUCAUUCUCCUCAACUUCAAGCUCAAGCUCAACCGCUACGCCUCCUCCUACUGACACUACUGGUACUGGUACUGGUCCUGGUACUAGUACUAGUAAUCUCCCAUUCCGCAGACGAUUCACAAUGGAAGCACCCGUAACCCCAUCCCUCUACUGGACCGCCUACAAAUGCCGCGACCCACUACUGCGCCGACGAGCUAUACAAGCUGUACUGGACUUCCCGAGUUGUCAGGGUGGGUGGGAGAAUCGGCGACAUGCGGCGAGUGCGAGGAGGAUUAUGGAGAUUGAGGAAGGGCCUGUUUGGCAUUUACCGAUUGCGGAGAGAUUUGUUAAGAAUGAGUGGAGGGUUGUUGAGCCUUUGCAGUGUUCGGCUAAUGUUAAGGAUGGGGAGGGGGGUUGA